AUGAAAAUUAAUAUGAAUUUAUUAAAUAUUUGGUCCAUUUUUGCUCUAUUUUCAUCAAUUGAUGUUGUAUUAGCUACUGUAAAGGUUUCGUCAUCUACAAAUUCCAAAGCAUAUCAUGUUGAUUUAGCCUCAGAUUGGACAACAACUCCAUUAAAUUGUAAUGGUCAACCACAAUUGUAUAAAAUUAAAGAAAUUCAAGUUGGUACGAACAAAAGAACAACUAAUUAUGGAACACCAGAUGUAAAUUGGGCAGUUACAAAUGUUAAUUAUGUGGGAAAUGAUAAUAUAUUCAAAAUUGUAUUUCAAUUCAAAUCAGUUACUAAUCCAGAUACUUUGGAUUCCUUAUUAGAACAUGAUGGUCAUUAUACAUCACUUGAUGUUAAUAUUGAUAAUUUAGGUCAUGAUUAUUUUGAUCAUUAUACCAUUUCAAAAGGACAACAUGAUGGUCCAUUUAAUUCAAUUUUUGAUUAUAGCGCAACUAUUUUAAUUGGAGCCACGGAAUAUGAUGAUGGUUGGUAUUGUUUACCUGAAGAUUUUCAUUUUAGUUAUGAUUUAUAUCCAGGUGUUGUAAAUCAUAAUUGGAAAUAUAAUACUGUUUUUAAAUAUUUUGUUGAAGAUGUUGGUGAUGCAUUAAAUAAAAGAACAAUUAAAAAAGCUGAUAAAGGUUCAGAUGAUAAAUUGAUUUCAAAUUGGUGUUGGAGAGCUCCAGAUUGUGAAAGCUCUAGCUCCACUUCGCUUGCUGCUGAACCAUCUACAAGUUCUACUUCAAUUGCUGCUGAACCUUCGACUAGUUCAAUAUUAGUCACAACUCAAACUACAACUACUGAGAUUAUUACCACAGUCUCAACUCAUACUUCAACAGAUUACCUGUAUGAAACAGAAUAUAAUAUGAUUACUGAAGAUAUCACUACUAUGUUGGUUAACACAUUAACUUCAGAAUCAGUUAUUGUUUUAUUUAAUACUGCUACUUCUUAUUUAACUAGUUUUAUUACAAAUUAUGAUGUUCAAUUAACCACCCUGACAAGUAUUGAAGAAAUUACAAUCACAAGAACAACAGAAGCUGUUAGCACAUUUUUUACAACUCAUAUUGAUGAAGUUUUUGUCACCUCAACACUGGAAAUUAUAACAGAAGUAACUACAACACAUACUGAUGUAGUUAAUGAAGAAAUUGUAAACACAGUAACAAGCACCAUUGAAGUUUUGGAACCAUAUACUGAAACUUUAUAUAUUACAGAAGUCAGUACCAUUAUUGAAAAUCCAACGUUGACAAUUUAUAGCACAUUUGUGGAUACAGUUUUGACAGAAGUUACAUCAACUCAAACAAUUAACGCAGUUACUGAAUUAUUAUCAACUUCAACAAAUGUAAUUACUACUGAUGUUACAGAAACGUUUCAAAUUGAUACUACAACAGAAUUGACAAACACAGUUUAUGAAACUCAAGUAGAAACUAUUUUAUCUACUGUUUUUGAAGAAGUUGUAGAUGUGAUUACAAGUACAUUCACUGAAAUAAUUACUGAAGAAAUUACAACAACCAUUCCAAUUACUGAAUCUCUCAAUGUAUCAUUUUCAUUAGCUGCUGAACCAUCUACUUUUAGUGGAGUGAUUGAACAAGUCAUCUUGACAAGUGUCUAUUUGGAUGAAAUCACAAGCACAGUGUUUAAUACUUACACCGAAGAAAUUUUCACUACUUUGACUAUUGGAGAAACAAUUACAGAGGUUGAAACAUUGAGUUUCACAACUGAGAUAAUUGAAACAGUCACGACAACCGCUGAAUUUAUUGAGACUAUAACUUCCACGGCUGAAUUCAUUGAAUCGGUUACAUCCACAGCUGAAUUCAUUGAAUCGAUUACAUCCACAGCUGAAUUCAUUGAAUUCGUUACAUCCACAGCUAAUUUUAUUGAAUCAAUCACAUCAACAGCUAAUUUUAUUGAAACUAUUGAAACAUCAAACAGUGAAUUAAAUAAUCCUGGAUCAAAUACUACUUUAUCAACUUCACUUGCUGCUGAACCAUCAAGUGAAUUAAAUAAUCCUGGAUCAAAUACUAAUUUAUCAACUUCACUUGCUGCUGAAACAUCAAGUGAAUUAAGUAAUCCUGGAUCAAAUACUACUUUAUCAACUUCACUUGCUGCUGAACCAUCUACUUAUAGUGAGGAAAUAAUAGAAACAAUCGUCAAUUCAGAGAAAGUUUGGUCAACAAGUUUAUCAAGUAAUCCAAAAUAUUCAGUUUAUGAAGGUCCUAUAUCUGAAGAAAUUGCAACCGAAACUGAAAAACCAGAAUCAACUAAAACUAAAACUAAAGAAAUAAUCAAGAAGUCCACUACAGUAACAGUAGAUAAAUCAGAACCAACUCAUUCAAAAUCAAUUGAAUCUGAAGCUGCUACAGGCACUGAACAUUUAGUUGAUUACGAAAAAGCCAAAACUACAACAGUUAUUGUCAAAUCAAAGCCAGAUGAAAGUACCAAACCAGAUGAAAAAGUUUACAAAACUAUUGAAGAAGGAACAGUUUAUACAACCACUUUCACCACUGAAAUCGUUAAAGUUUAUACAGAAGAUGAAUCGAUUUAUGAAAGUGCUGAGUUAGUUACAUCUACUGUCACAAUUAAACAAUAUGGAGAUAUCAUUUAUGAAAGUGAUUAUACGAUCACGUCAACCAUCUUCUCAACAAUUACUGAAGUUAGCUCAGAAGAAAUCUAUAGUACAGAAGAGCCAAGUAUCGAAUAUUCAACCACAGAAGAUUAUUCAUCAGUACCACCUGCUGUUUUAUUGGAAGCUGGCUCAAAUCAAAAUCAAUUUAGUAUCAUGACUAUGAUCUUUGCAGCUUUAUCAAUUUUAAUAAUUUAG